UUAUUCAAAAUCGGCAUCGCGCUGUGGUGGUUGUUGUGCCCGCGCGUUCUCCAAGUUAAUUCCUUUCCCUGGAAAUAAGGGUCGUUAUUCCGAUUCGCUCCGCACGACACACGAACUAAAAAGUUAACAGAAAGUAUUAAAAGUGUAGCAAGUUCCUUUGAAUAAGUGUCACUCCAUAAAAGCAAUAAAAUUAUCUAAAAGUUAACAUCGACAAAGCAAUUCGAGGAAGCAACAAUGUUUUCACGUCCAAGUUUGUGUGGAACUGUUGGGAAACUGUGCCGCUGCGGCACUUCCACAACUGGAGCAGCAGCAGCUGGAGGAACAACCACAUCGCCGGCUGUCUCGGCUCUGGCAUUGUGCGAGGCCCGUCGUUAUCAUGAGGUGGUGGGCGACAUUAUCUGCCCAUCGCAGGUGCGAGGCAUCGAUCACAUCCGUGAUCCACGUCUCAACAAGGGUCUAGCCUUUACUUUGGAGGAGCGCCAAGUGCUGGGCAUCCAUGGCCUGCAGCCCGCUCGCUUCAAGACGCAGGAGGAGCAGCUGCAGCUGUGCAAAAUCGCCGUGAAUCGCUACACAGAGCCGCUGAACAAGUAUCUGUAUCUCAGCGAUCUGCACGAUCGCAACGAGCGGCUCUUCUUCCGCUUCCUCUCCGAGAACAUUGAGGAUCUCAUGCCCAUUGUGUACACGCCCACCGUGGGCCUGGCCUGCCAGCGCUUCGGUCUAAUCUACAGGCGUCCCCACGGCCUGUUUGUCACCUUCAAUGACCGGGGACACAUCUUUGAUGUGAUGAAGAACUGGCCGGAGCCAAAUGUUCGUGCCAUUUGCGUGACCGAUGGCGAGCGCAUUCUCGGCCUUGGGGAUUUGGGUGCCUGCGGCAUGGGCAUUCCUGUGGGCAAGCUGGCCUUGUACACGGCCCUCGCUGGCAUCAAGCCGCACCAGUGCCUGCCCAUUGUGGUGGAUGUGGGCACCAAUAACAUCGAUCUGCUGGAGGAUCCUCUGUAUGUGGGUCUGCGCCAGAAGCGCGUUGUCGGCCGCGAAUACGACGACUUCAUCGAUGAGUUCAUGGAGGCGGUGGUGAAGCGCUACGGCCAGAACACCCUCAUCCAGUUCGAGGACUUUGGCAACCACAAUGCAUUUAGGUUCCUCGACAAAUACCGCAACAACUACUGCACCUUCAAUGACGAUAUCCAGGGCACAGCAGCCGUGGCUGUCGCUGGUUUGUACGCCUCCAAGCGCAUCACUGGCAAGUCCUUCAAGGAUUACACUUUCCUGUUUGCCGGUGCCGGUGAGGCUGCCAUCGGCAUUGCCGAUCUGGUCGUCAAGGCCAUGGUGGCCGAGGGCGUACCCAUCGAAGAGGCUUACCACAAGAUCUACAUGGUGGACAUUGAUGGUCUGCUGACAACCACCCGCAAAGUGGGCAGCCUGGACGGCCACAAGGUCAACUAUGCCAAGGAUGUGGAACCCAUGGCGGAUCUCGAGCAGAUUGUCUCGACCAUUAAGCCAAAUGUGCUCAUUGGUGCCUCAGCCUGUGCUGGUCUGUUUACGCCCAAGAUCCUGCGCACCAUGGCCGACAACAACGAGAGGCCCGUGAUAUUUGCCCUCUCCAAUCCCACCAGCAAGGCGGAAUGCACAGCCGACGAGGCAUACCAAAACACGGAUGCUCGUGUCAUCUUCUCGUCGGGCUCACCCUUCCCACCGGUUGUAGUGGGCGACAAGACGUACUAUCCGGGUCAGGGCAACAAUGCUUAUAUCUUCCCUGGCGUGGGUUUGGGCGUGAUCUGCACUGGCACGCAUCACAUACCCGACGAUAUGUUCCUGAUUGCCGCCCAGGAGUUGGCCAACUUUACGGAGGCCACCGAUAUUGAGCGUGGCUCGCUGUAUCCGCCGCUGGCGAGCAUCCGUGAUGUGUCCAUGAAUAUUGCCAUUGGUGUGACCAAGUGUGCCUAUGACAAGGGUCUGGCAUCUACCUAUCCGGAGCCGCAGGAUAAGCGCAAGUGGCUGGAGGAUCAGCUGUAUAACUUCAACUAUGAGUGCUCGAUGCCCGUGACUUGGACCUGGCCUCGCAUGCCCUACAUUAAGACUCGCGAAGAAAGCCCGCUCAUUGCCGCCAUCAAAUAAGCAAAGCGUGUUCAAGUUCAAGCGUGUUGGCACCACCACCUCAACCUCUCUAUGUUUUUGUUGCAACUCCUAACCCACUUCUACUACUGCUACUACUGCUACUACUACUACUAUUUGUACUUCCAAUGCCGCUCGUUCGUUCACCAUUCAGCACCACAAAUCAAUCUACUAAUCUAAUCAAGCCACACACAAAAAUCCGAUUCCAACUGCUAUUAUCCUCCAUAUAUAAAUAUGUUCUGCGAUUGAUUCGUUUGCCUCCUGCCAGCGAAUGGUUCUACGGUUCUAUUACUACUACGACUGUCAACCCACGCCCGAUGAGUGCACUUUUUGUAGAUAAUAUUCGCACCUGCUGGAGAGAGAAGCGCGUAGUAGAAAUUCGAGCGACGGGCGCAACGGAAUAAUCGUUAAAUGUACACCUUUUCGAUAUGUUUCUUAUAAUAUAUAUAGUAUUAUAUAUGUAUGUAUAUGUUAUGGAUAUGUAUAUGUAUACGUUUUUAGUUAUGUAUUAAUUAUAAUGUUUAUUGUUUUGUGAUCGAUAACAAACCGACUGCUGACGCUGACGAUUACAAUGACGAUAACGAUUGACACUGAACAAAUGCAGUAUUCCUUAUCCAAUUAACUCUACUACUAAAUGUAUUUGCUAUGUGCCAUGCUUUUGAUUUGCUAAUCUCUACCUUUGUCUCUUUCUUGGCUUUCGCUUGCACUCUCCAUCUCUCUCUCUCUUGCUGAUCUGUAACUAACUCUGAAGGCGGCAUAAAGCGAGCAGCUACCAACAUAUAUAUAUAUAUUUCUAUUGCUUACUCAUAACUCUCACUCCUUCUACUCUCACACACAAAAUAUCGACACAAAAUCUAUUAACUGCGGUAUUCGACAAUUGUUUGAUUGAUCUAUUGCUAUGUUUCCCUUUCGUUGCCAUACAGAGAACGAAGAGAUUCUAUAAAUUAGCCAACCAACUUCCCCCAAAGCAACCAACCCACUACCACCGACCGACCGCCUACAACAUAUUGGCCCACAAAAACCACAGACAGCAAGCUAAACAGCUCCGAGAACUGGUGAGAGCAUAAGUCCCCCAAAAAAAGACAACCCCCCCCCAAGAGCAACUAAUUCGCAGCAGCCGUUAAAUAUUCAUUCAAGUUAUCAAGAGUCCAAAAUUCGUAUUUGUUUAGUUGUCUGCCACGCGUAUCCUGUGUGUGGAUAUCCGUGCGGACACACAUUUAUCUAUCCAUAUAUCGAUUAUGUUUGUUGUUGAGCCACGUCUGAUAUUUAUUAACGCAAUUAAGCAGCUUUUGUUAUACAUAAUUUAUUGUUACAACCUAAAUGUACCACGAACUAGCAAUGAUAUAACUAUAGAGAGAAAACAUACCCAUACCCCAAUGCCCCCCCCCAAUCGAUCGGACCGAUUCAGCCAUUGUACAAUUGACUAGAUUUGAUGAUGUGCGAUAAACAAUAAAAAUUAAACAACAGAAAUUAA